GGAGCUAACACCAGCAGCAACCUUAGUUCCUUUUUCUCUUUCACUUCCUCGUCCCUUGCGGCUAAGGCAGAGCCACCCUCUGCCUUAGACCCAAUAAACUAAAAAAAGAAAAGAAAAAAAAGAAAAGAAAAGCCCCAAUGGCGUUUCAGGACUUCGACGUCAUCUCCGAGCGCCGCAAAAACCAGGCCAAACUAAAGAUGAGGAAGAAGAUCCUCAUUAGUGUUGUCUCCGCCGUGCUCCUGGCAUGCGUCAUCGGCGCCGCCGCGUUUGUGGUGGUCCAAAGAACAGGCGCGAACACCAAGGACGGCGUUGCCAUGAAACCAACCGGCACCCCACACGUGGACCAAAACUCGAGGCUUGUCGGAAUGAUUUGCGGCUCCGCUGAGUACAAGGACAAAUGCGAAAACACGCUCAACGAGGCCUUGAAGAAGGACCCACAACUGGCGCAGCCAAAGGACCUUCUUCUGGUUACCAUGGUUGUUGCGGAGAACGAGGUUAACAAAGCCUUCAACGAAACCUCCAAGAUGAAGUUCGCGUCCGAGGAGGAAAAGGGCGCGUAUGAAGAUUGUAAGCAGUUGUUCGAAGAUGCCAAGGAAGAGCUUGGAUUUUCCAUCAACCAAGUCGGUGAAAUCGACUCUGAUAAGCUUUCAUCCAAGGCCCCUGACCUAAACAACUGGCUCAGUGCUGUCAUGUCGUACCAACAAACCUGCAUCGAUGGGUUCCCCGAAGGGAACUUGAAGAACGAGUUCAGGAACGCGUUUAACGAGUCGAGGGAGCUUGUGAGUAACGCUCUUGCCGUGGUGUCGCAGGUUUCUUCGUUCUUUUCGAUAUUCAAAGGUGCUGGGAACUUUCACCUUCCGUGGGAGAGUGAUAACAAUGAUGGUGCUUCUGCUUCUGCUUCUGCUCCUACUUCAGGGCCUGUUGCUGCUCAGCCCCGUGGUGUUGGAAUUGGUGGUGUUUUUGCUCCUGCUCCUCGUGCUGCUUCUGGUUCUGCUGCUCCUGGCUCGGCUCCAACCCCGGUUCCUGAUUGGGAUGGCCCAAUUCCUACAUGGGCCGUGCCCGUUCCUGCUUGGUCCGGCCCUACUGAGAUCGUUGGAACCAAUGAGAAACUCGUGCCUAAUGUUACAGUCGCACAAGAUGGCAGCGGAAACUUCAAAACCGUUUCUGAGGCUUUGGCUGCAAUCCCAAAAACAUACACUGGCAGGUACGUGGUUUAUGUUAAAGCCGGAGUAUACGAUGAGACAGUGACAGUGACAAAGCAAAUGACGAACCUAACCAUGUUUGGUGAUGGAAUGGACAAGAGUAUCAUCACUGGCAACAAGAAUUACGUGGACGGAGUCAGAACCUUCCAAACUGCAUCAUUUGUUGUACUUGGAGAUGGAUUCUUGGGCAAAGACAUGGGAUUCCAAAACACCGCAGGAGCAGCGAAGCACCAAGCAGUGGCAGCGAGAGUGCAAGCCGACCAAGCAGUGUUCUUCAACUGUCUCUUCGACGGUUACCAAGACACACUCUACGCCCAAACCCACAGGCAAUUCUACCGCGACUGCGUGAUCACGGGCACCAUCGACUUCAUCUUCGGCGACGCCUCAGCAGUGUUCCAAAACUGCACCAUGGUGGUGCGAAAGCCCCUGGAAACCCAGCAGAACAUCGUGACCGCACAAGGCAGAAUCGACAAGCAAGAGGACACUGGCUUCGUUCUCCAGAAGUGCGUCAUCAAAGCCUCCGAUGACUUGCCUCCCGAAACCAAGAACUACCUCGGAAGGCCAUGGAAGGAGUUCUCCCGAACCAUCAUCAUGGAGACCGAGAUCAACAGUUUGAUUCAUCCCGAUGGGUGGCUACCUUGGGAAGGUGACUUUGCCCUAAACACACUCUACUAUGGUGAGUACAACAACAAUGGAGCCGGCGCCAACACCAAUGCUAGGGUUCGUUGGUCUACCCUCCAUAACAUUAACAAGGAUGAGGCUACGACUUACACCGUUGAGGCUUUCUUGCAAGGGACGUGGAUCAACGGCACAGGCGUACCAGCUCAACUAGGCUUGUACAAUUAAAUCCUCUCUUAUCGUUAAUUCUAAAUGUACAUGUAUCCACCAGUUGAGCUAAAUGCUUGAGCUGAUUCAAUUUAUAUUUUUUCUAAAUUUUGUCUCAGUAAAGUUUGUCCAUGAUUUAAAAUA